ACUUAGCUGUGGAUACAACCCUUUACUAAUUAAUAAAUUGGAAAAGCUCAGACUGAUGUUGUUUUCAUUGUUUAUUAUUGCAAAUUAUAUUGUUAAAAUAUUUAUUAUAAAUAAAUCAAUACUGUUUGACGUUUAACCACAUAACAAAAGCGACAUUUCUGGAUCCCGCAUGACCUGACGUUCCAUGCUUGGAUAUAUUGAUAAGUCUUGCACCGUGUUUACUCAUUAAUUUUCUUUUUUUAUUAACGCAAUUGUACAAAAGAAUAAAACUAUACGUCAUCGUGGCUAUAAAUAAAUUAUUAAUUCGUCAAUUAUUAUUGAAUGGAAAAAAAAUACAAGCAAUGGCUGAUGUGCCACUGAAAAUGGUUACAAAUCGUAAAAUUUCAUUUAAUUUUCCAAAUAAACUCAAUGGAGUUGAACCAAAAACACCUUUUCUCAUUGGUGUAUCUGGUGGUACUGCAAGUGGAAAGUCAACAGUAUGCAAACGGAUAAUGGAAAAACUUGGUCAAGUUGAUAUGGAUCAUCAGGAACGUCAAGUUGUUUGUAUAUCACAAGACAGCUUUUAUCGUGAUUUAACACCAGCUGAAAAAAUACGAGCUGAAAAAGGACAAUAUAAUUUUGAUCAUCCAGAUAGUUUUGAUAAUGAUCUUAUUCUUCAAACACUCAAGGACAUACUUGCUGGUGUCAAAUGUGAAAUUCCAGCAUAUGACUACAAAACAAACAGCAUAAUCAAGGAUCAAUUGACAACAAUAUAUCCUGCAGAUGUUGUGUUAUUUGAAGGCAUAUUAGUUUUUUAUUUUCUAAAUAUUAGAGAUUUAUUUCAUAUGAAACUUUUUGUGGAUACAGACUCUGAUACUCGACUCGCUAGAAGAGUACCAAGAGAUAUUAAAGAACGUGGAAGAGAUUUAGAUUAUGUACUUAAUCAAUAUAUGAAUUAUGUUAAACCAGCAUUUGAAGAAUUUUGUUUACCAACUAAAAAAUUUGCUGAUGUUAUUAUUCCAAGAGGAGCUGAUAAUACAGUUGCCAUUGAAUUGAUUGUUCAACAUAUAAGAGAUUUUCUUGAAAAUCGUGGGAGAAUAGCCAUUGAAUCAGAAAAUCCAACAAGUCGUGAAGGAUUAUUUAAAAGACCUCAUUAAUUAUAAUUUAUUUAAACAAAAAAAAUAAUUAUUAUAUCAUUAGAAUAAAAUAUAGUUCAAUUAAAAGAUUUUAAUAUAUUAUUUAUUGUUAAAAUGAAAUAUUAAAUGUUUAUUCAAAUUGUUUUUUUAUUUUUAAAUAUAUUUUUUCUCCUUAAUUUACAAUAUUGAUUUAUUAUUAUUUUGAAUUAUAUUGAUUAUUAAAUAUUCUCUAGAUUUAAAAGAAAUUAUUGUUAGUUGAUAAAUAAAACAAUAAUGUAAUUAUUUUUAAUAAAAAUAAAAAUUUGGCUUGUGAUUAUUUUUAUUAAAUAAAUGUUUAAAUUUUCUUUUUAAAACUAAAA